AUGUACUAUAUGUGUGCUGAAUCUGGUAAUUGCUUUAAUGUGCUGUUGGUUGGUUAUUUGCACACUCAUCACGCGCUGUUCAGUUGCCAGCUUUGCCACUGGCCUAAGAACAUCAAGUCCUCCUUGCCUACUCUGCUCAAGUUGCAGCGGCAGCUAAUGGAGAGCCCUGCUGGCCCAUCAUCAAGGAGGAAGCUACCGGGUGUGUACAUAGUCAAGCCGAAGCUGGAGCCUGGCGACGACUCGCUGCCUGCGCCGCUGGGUGAUGGCGAGGAUAAGGAGACCAACCCUUCUUCACGGCCAUCAUGCGUCUUGGGCUCUUACAUGUCCAGACUUCAGAAGCCUUGUCGGCUGGUCAUUAGGCUGAUCCACUUUAUUGCUCCCUCACUCAUUUGGGUACUGCUGAUGGUUCCUGAAGAUCGUCCAAGGCUCGGAGGUCCUGAUGUUCUUGUUGGAAGUCGGGUUAGCAAGUCCCUGAUCCACCCUUGGAUCACCUCGUUCCAGUCGAUGCCCCUCUCUAUCUUUGAGUGGUGUCAGACGGGUCGCGACCAGAAUACCAGUGGGCAUGGCACUAAGAUGAAGUUGAAGCCCGCCGAUGUCUUUGCCGAUUGGUCAAGACCUUGAUGCCGACCUUGUAACCCUCUUCCCCUUGUGUAGUCAUGUGGUGUGUGUUGAUCUCGUUUUCGCCUCUUCUCUAUUGGAGAGGUUUAGUUUCUCCCUACUUCUGCUUUUCUUUCUAACUCACUUGUACUCGUUUAAUCCUCUUAAUGAAUGAAAAAACAACACUGAUCGU